AUGCAAAUAAUAUCUGUCUUGGCCGCCGCCGUCUUCACGCUAUUACCGAAUCUUGUCGCGGCGCAGAACUCGACCGUCAAAGUCGUUCGGCUCAGCGUGGACGGCCGUUACGACCAGCCCUUGGAUCUUGAGAGCCGCCGUCCAACUCUUAGCUGGCAGACUGUUCAAACAACCCAAUGCACCGAAGUUGUCUGCCCAGGCGACCGACAGACUGCGUACGAAGUUCAAGUCGCCACAUCCGAACACGAUCUGAGUACGGACCAGCUACGAUGGGGCCCUGGGAAGCAGAGUGGCUCAAGUCAGUCGGUGCAUAUGGACUGUGAGCUUGGUUCGCGUGAUACACUCUUCUGGCGUGUGCGUGUCUGGGACGCCCUCGGUCAACCUUCAGCCUGGUCGGAGGCUUCAUCUUGGUCCGUAGGGCUGCUCAACAAGUCAGACUGGGGUGGAGCUCGUUGGAUUGAGUAUCCUGACCGUGACCCAAGCCAACCCCUCCCGCUAUUCACCCGCCGCUUCGAUGUACCCAGCGGCAAGGGCAUUGUCGGCGCUCGUCUAUAUCUGUCAGGGGUGGGGAUGCAUCUUGCCUCUGUAAAUGGCAAGGCCGUCACCAACGAAGUGCUAGCACCAGGCUACUCGAACUAUCAACUUUCCAGCGAAUAUCGCACAUACGAUAUCAGACCACUGCUUCAAACCGGCGCGAACGCUAUUGGGGUAAAACUGGGCAAUGGACCAGCCUACGUUCGUUGGAACAUCACGAAUGCAGCUGUUGGUCGGAAUGCGCCCUACGCCUGGUGGCAGAGCCAGCUUAAAAGCGAUGGAAACCUGCUUGAGGCUACUACGAUAGGAAGCACCAGUGUGCGCUUGAACAACGCAACUGGAUAUCAUGUGCAAGGCAGUAUCAAUAUCGACACGGGUGGAGGCGGUGACAGGCUUGAGUCGCGUGUCAUAACCGCCAUCAAUACUACUCAACAGACUAUCAGCUUUUCGCCACCUCUAGAGCUUGAACAUGCUGUGGGUGCGAGAGUCACCGGUUCGGGCAACAAUGUUGCAGCUAGUGAUCCGUCUGCUGGUGCCGCAGGUCGUCUUGAGAUCACUUAUGAUGAUGGCAGCAAAGACCUCAUCGUGACCGACAGGUCCUGGCGUACUACGCUCGGUCCAUUGGUUACCGACGCUUGGUACUCUGGCUCCGAUUUCGACGCUCGUAGGAUAAUAGAUGACUGGGAUCGUCCCGGGCCUCAGCAAAACUCGUCUCAAUGGAUCUCAGCUGGCAUUGCACCUUCACCCAACCUGGCAACAAGACUCGUCGCUCGUGCAGCCGAACCAGUCAGGGUCAUGGAAUAUCUCGAGCCUGUAUCGAUAUCAAACCCUUUCAACGGAACUUGGGUUUUUGAUUUUGGCCAAAACAUCGCGGGUUUUCCUGUACUUAGGCUUCCGCAAAUGCCAGCAGGCAUCAUCAUCAGAAUGGUGGCUGCUGAGUCUCUCAAUGCGAAUGGCACUAUCAACCAGGAGUCCUUGGGUAUCGGAAACCGAGGCACUGACGUCUUCAACACCUACACCACUUCUGGACGUGCUGGAGGCGAAACCUGGCACCCAGACUUCAAUUACUUCGCUAUGCAAUGGGUGCAAGUGACCGGCCUGCCUGACGGAUUUCGUCCAAGUGCCGACCUCAUGACAGGCGCCCGUGUGCAAGCUGAUGUACCAGUCGCUGGCACUUUCCGUUCGUCCAGCUCGCUUCUCAAUCGGCUCCACAAUAUGUCGCGUUACUCCAUCGCGAGCAAUGUCAUAUCGGUGAUCACUGAUUGUCCUGGUCGUGAGAAGCUCUCAUACCCAGCCGAUUACACCAUGCCCAUGGGUGCUAUUCAUCGAAAUGUCCACAUCAACGCCUUCCUGCGUACAAACAUGCGACAUCUGGUAGAAGCGCAGUCUAUCGCAAACACCUCCAUGGCAGGUAAUGUGGCCUUGAAAGCACCUGUAUAUGACUGGGGCUACUCUGGACGAUUUGGAGACGAGAUCAAUUGGGGUAAUGCUAUCGUGCUUGUACCUUCUUACUUGUACGAUCUAUAUGGCGAUACAACAGUCAUGAACAUGUACUACAAGCAGAUGACUGACUUUGUACGAUAUUUGCAGCGCGAAAAGGUGCGGAACAACAUUGUCGAUGCUGCGCUUGCCGAUUGGGUUGAAGACGACUCAAGGACGUCAGGUCGCAUCACUGGUACCUGGGGCUACUACAUAACGAUCAACGCCAUGGCACGCAUGGCCAAUCUUACUGGGCAUGUAGAUGAUGCUGUACAGUAUGAGCGUCUGGCCUUGGAGAUUCGAGUGGCUUUCAACGCUGCUUUCUACAACACUGCUACCGGUCGUUACACCAGCCUUGGAAAUAACUCUAUUGUGAACGCUACGCAGGCUGCGCAAGCUCUCGCUUUAGAUGCUGGUCUUGUACCUGAAGAACAUCGACAGCAAGUUCUAGACGCGCUGGUUGAACUCACAUAUGAAUAUCCUUCGCAGGAUGGACUUGGACCACAUCUGAGCGGUGGAACGAUUAGUAUGGGGCCAAUAGUAAGGGCCCUCUCCGCCGGAGGCCGCGAUGACAUACUAUGGGAAACGCUACAGCAAACCGAUCAGCCUAGCUACGGCUACUUCUUGGCAUCUACCACGGAGAAUCCACAAGGUCUCUCGACCAUGCCUGAGCGUUGGACACGUGAGGAUUCCAAGAACCAUAUGAUCCUUGCUCAGAUUGAAGAAUGGCUCCACGCUGGUAUCGCUGGAAUACAACCCGGUGCUCUUACGACGGUCAGCAAGUCAUGGGGCGAGGGACUUGUUUUCCAGCCAAAGCUCGUUGGCGAUGUUCAGUGGGCAGAAGGUACCUACCAGACUAUCUGGGGAGAGGCACGGAGUGCUUGGAAUAGGACGACUGAUGGAGCUUUUACUCUGACGGUCACAGUGCCUGCAAAUGUGGUGGCGGAGUAUUACGGUCUGAAUGCUUCUGGUGACGGAGAUCCGCAAGGAUGA